UGAAGAUUAACCAUCAUUGUUGACUUAAAAAAGAAGUUCGAGGAGCUGUUUUGGACAAAAUGCGCUUGGCUCAGUUGAGUCCAUAAAAUGACUGCAAUAACUUCUUCGAGAGGAAAUGCAGAAGUGGUCAGUAUCAGAAGGACAGAAUCACAUGAUAUUCCUGAUAUUAUCAACCUCAUCAGCAAUUCUACAGAAAAAGUUUUUGGAAGGAUUAAUGUCACAUAUCUUUUAGAAAAAUCAAAUCUUGCUGUGACACUCAGCAAUGAGAAGAAAGAGAUUAUUGCCCAUGCUUUGUUUCUGGACUAUCCAAAUUGGAAUAUCACUGAUCAGUCUGAUUGGGAAUCAUUCUUACAUGAAAACUACAUUAACAACAAAUGCACUCCUUUGAACACAUUGUUCUUGCAUCUUUUUGUGGCGAGAGAAGAAUAUGCAGCUGGAUGUUCCCAAGAAAUUGUUGCGACAAUUUUUAAUAUAGUACCCGAACUGCAAUUUGUACUUCUCUUCGUACCAGCUGAUGAGAAUUUAGAGCCAGCCUUGGGAAAUAUCUUUGAAGAGAUGAUAACUAUGCCAGGUUCCACAGCGGAUCCAAACUUUACUUUGCUUGCGUGUCACAGGCAUCAGUAUUACCCACAGCUGUAUGUUCGCAAAGCAAGAUUGGAAGAUCAUGAUGAUCUCAUGCCAAUCUUGACACGUCACAGUGAAACUCUGAAAGAAAUCUAUGGUGAAUAUUUCCUUGCUGAUCUCUUAGAAACUCAGGAUGAAGAAAAUCAGGCUGUUGUUGGUGAGGAUGGUGGCACUGCAGUGGGAUUCAUGAGCUUGUGCUCUCAAGUAAACAUUUCCUUGCUUCAUGAGUGUUUUGACUUAGGGCCCUUCCAUGGACUCUGUAAACCACAUCCGGAUGAUAUUCUCAAAAUGCCGCCGGAACUAGGCAUUCAAGAAGAUGAAGAUAGAAGCAACCAAGCAAGUCAAGAAGCAGAAUCUGUUUCAUCUCAAAACGCUGAACAUAUUAGUGAUCAAGAUGUAGCUAUUCAGUCUGUACGGGUUGAUGCUAAGACUGAGGAAGUCAUUUCCCAAGCUUCAGACACAGUUUCUUUGCAGUCUGCAAGAGGAAACGUUCAGCCUAGUGCUUCAGAGAAUGAUGGAGUGAAUACUGUUUCCCAUACUGAACUGCCAUUAGAUGUUGUCAGAGGCAAAGAUUUUAAAUUCUCAGCAACACCUGUCUUUGAGACUGAAGAAGAAGAUGCUCUUCGUCCAGUGUACAGAGGCGCUUCAAAUGCUUUCUGUAUUCGUCUGUUUUGCAUAGACAAGAAACAUGAAACUAGAUCACUGGAUUUAUUGCAUUAUGUUUUCCAGCUUUUUCCAGACAAAGACUUCUGUGUCAUUGUUGUGCCACACCUUGUACCAGAGUUCCAUCUGAUCCAGAGUUUUGUUCGAGUUGUCCCUUUCUGUACUUCCACAUUUAAUCAUGAGCUUUACGUAUUCCACCGUGCUGGAUUGCUCAAGUCAUUUAAUGUAAGAAGAGCAACAACCAAUGAUAUACUUGGUGUUGAAAUGCUCAUUAAAACCCUUAGCUUGAAUGAAAGUAUAUUAAAUGACUUAAAGAUGUUUACUCUGGCUCGGAAGGAUCCGGAUGGAACCCCAGUGCAGGCAUUCAUAGCAGAAGUUUUGGAUCAAAUAGUUGGCAUUUCUGUCAUUAAAGAUGAAAUGGAUAUUGAGUAUAUUCAUUCACAUUACAACAUUGAAGAUUUUACUCAUUUUUAUCACCACCAGCGAGAGGAACAUGGACAUCUUUAUCACUUUGUCUUAAAUCCCAUAUUUCAUCACUAUACCAAACACUUUCUAAAGGAGAUGCUUCGCUUGGCCCACAAGUCUUCUCUUUAUUAUCCUAUUUAUCCACAAUAUGUUGAAGGCAAGUUUCAGAAUCCCUGUGCCCAUUCCCUGACAUCUGCCCUUCAUUACAUGGUUCCCGUGCGACCGAGACGACAGAUUGUCUAUCCUCUGGAAGAGCUUGGCAUAAACGCUCCAUCAGAGCAGGUCUCCAAGGAUCAGUUGAGUUAUGCUCUGAACUACAUAAAUCGAAAGCUGACACUAGAAUCUAAAGUGUCUAUCAACACUAGAAUUGUGGUGGUUGGAGCAUCCAAUGUUGGAAUCUCUUUUCUGGAAACGCUCAUUUUUUGUCCACACCUGAAGUUUAACAAUCUGACCUUGAUUUCAAUUCAUGGGCUUCCAGGAAAAAAUCCACCAGGCUCCAAACAUGGAAGAUUUUUAAUUAACAGCCACUGUUUUAAUGAUCAAGAUUAUGCACAGAUGUCACUUUGUUCCUGGGUUAAUGUUGUGGUUGGUAAAAUGACUGGCAUAAAUCGAGCUGCCAAACAUGUAGUUGUUUCCAAGGGGAAAAAAGUGCCAUAUGACCACCUUGUUCUCUGUACAGGACAGCAAUACCAGGUCCCAUGUCCCACGGGAGCAGAUAUCAGUAAACUCCCAAGUAAUAGAGAAGUCACAAGGAAAUGUCAACAAAGGUACACAGGAAAAGUCCCUUCCAAUCUUUUUAUUCUGUGUGAUGAUCAAGACUGCUUAAAGGCAUUGCACUGGCUACAAGAAAAUAUUGUCAACUCAGAAGGGAAUGUCAUUGUCUAUGGGAAUACAAUUGACAUUUACACCACAGUAGAAACCCUCUUAUCUCUUGGAAUUAAUGGUUCUCGCAUACAUCUCAUACAACCUCCACUUAGCUCACAUGUUACUUGCCUUAACAACAACGCGAUCGAAAGUGCUGUUGAGGAAGCACUGUCAAAGGCUGGUGUGACUGUUUAUUGUGACAGUAUCCUGGCAGAGUGGAAUGAAGGCGACCACACAGGCCUUAUAACAUGUGCUUCUUUCACGACUAAUACAAAACCAUUUAAAUUGCAGUGUUCAGCAUUUUUUAGCUUUGCCAAUAGGACGGUGGAUUAUGAAACCUUCAAGGCAAUUAAUGAUGCUUGCCUUGUUUAUGAUGGAAGACUUGUGAUUGAUACCAAUUUCCAAACUAAUGACGUCAGUAUCAAGGCUGCAGGUCCUUUAACAAAGUUCUCCAAUACAUAUUUUGCGAAUGAAUGGACUCACAGCAACUUCAGUUCAAAAGAGAUUGGCUUCCAGCUUGCUCUAUCUAUGCUGAAUGUCUUUGAUCCAACCCUUGAGCCACCUUUUGAGCUACAGAAAGAUGUGGAUAGACUCAUCCCCAUGUACAAAGGGUGUAAAAUUAAAGGAGGUGUUCUUCCUGGAGGUUAUAAUUACUUGCAUAUUUCCAAACCAGAAAUCCCUAUACGCUUGGACGUACAACUUGCACAGUCUAAUUAUGGGACAGAGAUUAUAACCGGAGAGGCAAGACAUGGGAAUUAUUUCAGGAUACAUAUCAAUGAAUAUAAUAUGGUAGAAACUAUCACCUGCUUUUCAAAGGAACCCUUUCCUGUCUCCAACUAUAUUUGCUUGUAUGGGCAGCAUGAGCGUCUUCUUAAUGAUCUCUGUGCUCGCUGGAAGGAGAAGCUGAUUACAGAUCUUUACAGCUACUUCAGGGAACCUUGGUCCAUGGCCAUCUAUCACGAUCGGUUUAUUGAUCUUAAGAACGAACUGCGCCAAAUCCUAAUGACAAACCAGGUAAGAAAAAUGACUGGCGAGGGCAUUUUAUUAUUUGGGUAAUCUGUUAGUGUUGUUCACUUUGGUUUCUUUUCCCAUCUUUCUCCUAAAGCUUUAUGUUUCUGUUUAGCUAUUGUCUUUGGGAAACCUGAACAUAUUCUACACCUAGCAGAGGGAUUUCACUAAGUUCAGCAUGUUUCAUGUUUCAACAUAUGCUUCAGCGAUUUUAUUUUUACGUAUUCUACUUUAUUUUCUACUAUGCCAGUAGAACUUGUAAUGAAGUUACUUUGUUUUCUUACACAGCAUUUUUGCAUUAUACGUGCAGUUUAGUACAACUCCCUAGCAAAAUCUGUAUGCUUAUGCAUUCGGUUAUCACUUUUCCUUUUUAUGUUUCAUAACAUGAAUACACUACAUGCCAUCCAAAACUAUCUGGACCUAUGAGAAGUAAACCUUUCAGCAUCUACUGAUUGGGAAUGGCUUCUGUAGCUGAGAGACGGAAAUCAGCUGGCUUUUUCAGUUAUAACUGGAUUUCCUGAGUAAGGAUGAAAUGAAAAUGUUUGCUAAUGCUGCAGCUUUAGUCUCAGUACUGUAGACCUCAGCUCAGUAGUCCGUAACUUUUCCUUCUCAAAAUCUAAAGCACACUGCAUUGCAUGAAAAGCACCCACAGACUACAGCAGAUUUCUAACAAUUUUAAGACCCCUCUCCCCCAAAUAUGAAUUUCUGACUGAUCUAAAACAUAAUUACAGGCUGAGUCUUAAUACUUGCAACCCACUAUUUGGGACCAAUUUACCCUAUUUCUCCUCACGCUGCUUUUGCUUUUGUUUUACAUACUGAAGUUCUGCCUGACUGCAAUUUUUAGGCAUUCACUCUACAGAAUUUUUAACAGUGUAGGAAACAAACAGAAUGAACUAUAAACGGACACAAAAGGAAGGGACGCCGAGUGGACUGUAGCCCACCCAUUUAUCCAGCCAAAACUGCGGUGUGCUGUCAUGUGUCACAGCUGUAGCUACACAAAUGCACGACCCCAGCCUCCUCCCAGAAGGGCU